UAUGGCUCUUACAUUUGAAUAUGUGAUUACAAGUCAUUUUUAUUCUCCCGUAUAAUUUUUUGUGUUUUCUAAAUUUUUAUAUAAUCAACUUGGAUUAUUUUUAUCAUUGGAAAAAUAAUCCUUUUAAAAAAAGCUUAUAUUUCCUUUGAGGCCAUAAGCAUGUUUCUUGCUGUUUUUGUAUACUAGUCUGGAUUUAAUUCUAGUGCAGUGGAAGAUUGGAGGAGAGGCAAGUGAUUGGGCAGGGUUAGAAGGUGGGGCCUGGGAGGAGCUGCAACGUUACUGUGUUUCAGGCAGUAUGGACUCCUUAUUCACCAGCUGGCUCUCCACCCAGAUCCUGAUGCUCAAAUUCAGCCUCAUUCUCGGUGUCCAGACUGUCAAAGACCUCCGCCCUCCCUGCACACUGAACAGGACUGUGGGAGAAUCUGCUCAGCUGCAACUCAACUUCUCCUUGCGCCUUCCCGUCCGAGAGAUUGAGUGGAGUUGGAGUUCUGAGGAUGAGAAAAAUCAAUUGCUGGUGUCCUGGAGGCCUAACACCACCGCUCCUGCCUGGUAUGACUUUGAAGACAAAUACAAGCACAGAUUCUACCUGACGGAGUCGGCUUUCUUGAGCAUCAGGAAUCUCACUGUGGAAAUGAGUGGACUAUAUGGAGCAAAAAUCAAAUUCAACUCAGGAAAAUUCCAGGAGGAGGUCAUUAGACUCUGUGUAUACGAGCCCAUCCCUCAACCCCAGAUUCUGAUUCACUCGUCAUACAACACAUCAAGCUGGUGCAACGUCACCCUGGAGUGUGGGACCCCAGGGGCUACAGGGAACCUGACAGUGACGUGGUUGGGCAAGGGUUUUCAUGAGCCAACCCCCAACUCCAGGAAUCUGAGCCUGAGCCUGCCCCUGAGCCAGGUGAAUGCCCACCUCAUCUGUGUGGUCAGCAACCCUGCAGACCAGAAAAAUGCUACCUUGGACCUGGGGAGCAUCUGUCUAUGGACGGGUUCUCUUUGGAGCAAAUGGCUUUGGAAAGGCAUCUUUGCCACAGUUCUGGUGGUGAGCUUGGGAGCUGGAGUGUGGAUCUGGAAGAGGAGGAAGACGGAGACUGAAAGAGGUGGGUCUACUUUCCUGCCGGUGGUGCCCAGUUCGGCAGUGGUCCCCCAGGCCCUUCCCACAGAGGACAGUGCUGACCUGCAGACCAGAGAGAUUGAGAGCCACAGUCCUCCCUAUGCUGAGAUCAGCCUCCGGAAACACCCUAAGACCAGCACUGAGAGGGGCAGUGGUCAUAAAAGGAGCCCCGAGCAGACCCCGACGGUGCACACAGUCUACGAGAAGAUCAGGACAAGAACCUAAGGGGGACGCCUGGAUCAUGAAGACGCGGGGACACUGCAGUUUUGUUUUCUUCUGCUUAAAUUUGCCAGCUUGGUAUUUGUGUUAUGCUUGUUCAAACCAAAAAACAAAAACAAACCUGUUGCCAUUGAGUCAAUUUCAACUCAAGUCAAGCACAUGUGUUACAGAGUAGAAAUGCUUCAUAGGGUUUUCUUGGCUGUAAGCGUUGUGGAAGCAGGUCGCCAGGCAUUUCUUCAUUUAGGAAAUGAUUCUCAUUACCAAAUGUUGCUUUAAUUUAUUUUUAUUAUAAUGUUGCUUAAAGAUAUAUAUAAACAGUUGCCAUCAAGUCAACCGUGACUCAUGAUGACUUCGUGUGUGCAGAGUAGUACUGUGUCCCAUAGGGUUUUCAUGGCUAUGGCCUUUCAGAAGCAGAUCUCCAGGUCUUUCUUCCAAGGUACCUCUGGGUGGGUUCAAACCACCAACCUUUUAGUAAGUAGUCAAGUUAUUAACCAUCUGUACCACCCAGAAACCCCUCUAAUAUGUACAAAUUUCAUAUCCCUAUAGUUUUUUAUAAUAUAAACUGAAAAAGCAUAUAAAGUAAAAGCAAAACAGUAAAACAGAUAAUAUGCAAACUAACAACUUUAAUGUGAUGGGUGUUUUUUGUCUUGCUGAAACUAAGUCAUUGAUGUUGCGAUUAAGGGUCAAAAGUUGUAGCUUCACAUAAUGUUCUGUAUUUAUUUAAAAAAAAAACCCUUUAAUACAAAAUACUUAUUCAUGUGCAUUUUUUGGACAACACUGGAUUACAAAGACUUUAUUAUUUCAAGAGAACUUCAUGCUUAACCUAAACUCUGCCAGGUUUAGGCAGAGUUUGACAGAACUGUAAAACUAUUUUAUUCACCUGAAAAUAAAAUUAGUAUUACAACAUUAUUGAAAUCUCCACUCAUUGCAUAUCUACCUAUUUAUUAUUGGAAUCAUAGAACAAAAAAGCUCUCCAUUGGGUAUUUGCUACCACACUUACUGCUAGUGAAUGUCUGUAAGUUGACUUCACAAACAUCAGAUCCCGCAUAUCUGCCUGCAAGUCAGACAAGCCCCUGACAGCUAUAGCGCAGGAACUUUGAGUGUGACAUGUGUGUGUGUCAUGGAUUGAAUUGUAUCCCUCAAAAAUAUCUGUCAGCUUGGCUAGGUCAUGAUUCCCUUACAUGAUUGUAUGACUGUCUACCAUUUUCUCUUCUGCUGUGAUUUCCUUAUCUGUUGUAAAUCCUACAUCUACGAUGCAAUAGACCGAUUAGUGGCAGCUAUACCGAUGAGGUCUACAAGAUUAGACAGUGUCUUAAGCCGAUCUCUUUUGAGAUAUAAAAGACAGAAUCAAGUAGAGAGACAGAGGGACCUCAUACCACCAAGAAAGGAGUGCCAGGAGCAGAGCAUGUCCUUUGGACCUAAGGUUCCUGUGCUGAGAUGCUCCCAGACCAAGGGAAGACUGAUGACAAGGAUCUUCCCCCAGAGCCGACAGAUUGAGAAAAGCUUCCCCUGGAGCUGGUGCCCUGAAUUUGGACUUCUAGCCUACUGGACUGUGAGAGAAUAAACUUCUUUGUGUUAAAGCCAUCCACUUGUGGUAUUUCUGUUAUAGCAGCAUUAGAUGACUAAGACAAUGUGUGACAAACAAUAUCCUUGGAGCCACUGGUCCAGACAAGAAAGGCAGCAGCAUAAGUGGGCAGAAGGGGCAGGGGAGAGCCCAUCCACCCCCAAUCAAAAGCCUAUGAACCACAAGCAUGUCACACUUCUGGGUGGGCCACUCUGAGUGGGAGGGGGAGAGAAUGGAAUCAGAUAGGGCAUCCCUCAAGGAACAGGACCUACCCCACCCGUGGAAACGAUCCCUGUUGUUGUUUUCACAGAACUGGAGAGAUGGAGCAAACAGGGUUCUCUCACUGCUGCCCAGAGCUCAUGGCCUGUUUCUAUCCUCCUGAGACAGCGAGAGACCAUACACAGACUACAAACCAUUCUACCUAGUUCUCUAACUCCUGUGCUGAGGUAAAGCUUCACAGUGCCAGGCAAACGGAAAGCAAAGUUGAAAGGAAUCCAGUCACACUAUUUUGAGGCAAACAGCAGGACCAAAUAGAAAGCAUCCCAAUCAAAGAUGGAAAAGCAGAAAAUAACUAACAAGAGACCUGCACAAAUAUCUGGGCCCCUCAAAAUGAAGGCAAGAGCAACCAUUUGCAAAAGACAGAUGAAACCGGAGAUGUGAAACAGAAUGGUACGAUAUCAUAAUAUGACUAAAGGGGUAGGGAACGAGGGUGCUAAGAAAACAAUGGAGGAGAAAAUAAUCUUUUUGCAGAACUUAAAAAUGCGAAGAACAGAAUCCGCAAUAUGAGACACCAUAUCAGUGAUGUGGACGACAGGAUGAGGAAGUAACACUACGGAGUAAGACUAACAAAACCCGUCGCCAUCGAGUUGAUUCUGACCUACAGCAACCUUAUAGUGACCUUAUAGGACAGAGUAGACCUGCCCUAUAGAGUUUCCAAGGAGGGCCUGGUGGAUUUGAACGGCCGACCUUUUGGUUAGCAGCCGUAGCUCUUAACUACUAUGUCACCAGGGUUUCCAAGAAGACUAACAGAGGGAAGCAAUUAGGACUAAGAAGGACAGCAUAGACAGACAAUGGAGAGCAGAUAUGUGGAUAAAGAGGAUUUCUGGAAAUGAGGUAGAAAGAAGGAGAAGGAAAAAAUACUGUGGUAGACAGCAUCCACUUCUUCCCCUAAAGGCACCCCCCUUCGUACAAACAGAACCAGGAUUGGUUUAGGUGUCAAGCAGAAAUACCUCAUAUUGGGGGGCAGGGGGCAUCCCCUGAUCUCAGGGUGGGCAUGUGACCCUAUUUUGGCCGAUGAUAUGGAAGAAGAAGUCUACUGGGGGCUUCUGAGAAUGACUUUCAGCCUGACAACAGGGAAGAGAAUGAGGAAAACUGCCCCUCGCUGCCCACUGGCUCUUGCCUCUGAAUAUGGCUAUGUGAGAAGAUGGCCCUCGACACUGCAGAGCCGUCUCGGGGUGGCAGAGGCUAACCGGAGCCCUGAGAGUGGAUCCACCCCCAGCACAGCUCAUAUCCAGGCUUAGAAAUUACUAUUGGGCAGUAGGGGUGAAGUGCGAGAUGUGGCAGAGAGUAGGGUACGUGUGUAGGGGAAGGGGAGGGCCUUGGAGUUUGAUUGCUAGUUUGUUUUCAUUCCCUAAAUUAAAGAGUUGCAAAUGAGGCAAUGUUGGAGAUUCAGUGGAUGUGGAGGUUGAAACCAGGCUUUGGACUUCUUGUUCCAAGAGUUUAUGAAUCAAGCACGUGUGCGUGUCUCCUCUCCUUCCCCAACUCCUUACAGCCGUAGUAAAUUUACUUUAAGUGUAUCAGUGAGAGACUGGGAGGCAGCUACUCAUCUGACCAGAGGUGCCUGGAAGACAGAAAGAGAUGGAAGAGGAUUGCCUGGUAAGGCAGGGCCAGAUCCCAGACCAAUCCCACCAGAAUCUAUGGGGUGGUGCCCAGGGAGCAGAAUUUUUUAACUACCCAGGUGAUCCCACUGUGCAGCCAAGUUUGAGAACUGCUGACCUGGAAUAAACACCUAGGCCCAGCAGAGGGUGGA